AAACCACCACAUGUCUUCGGUGGCGCCACCCACUCUCGAGCUCCGAGAAUUUAACCCUAAACGACCCCGCGUCAACCCUACUCUCGCUGAGCUUCUACAGUGGGUCGAGCUGUCCCGAAACCCUGACCGGGAAACGACGCCGUCAAACUACAACAAUGGCCACCACGUCCUCGACCUCGGGUUUCCGUCCACCUCCUUAUCUCAGUCCACCUAUCCCUUCGUCCUUUCCUUCAACAACCUCACUUACAGCGUCAAGGUCCGCAGCAAGACGUUACUGCCCUCGUUCCGAAAACCUGAGGCUAAACUUGGUGGUAGCGCAAGCAGCAGCAGCACCAAGGUUUUGCUGAACGGUGUCUCUGGCGAGGCCAGAGAAGGCCAGAUCAUGGCGGUUCUCGGAGCGAGUGGUUCCGGUAAGUCGACGCUGAUAGACGCAUUGGCUGAUCGGAUCGCCAAGGACAGUUUAAGAGGGACGAUUACAUUAAACGACGAGACUCUCAACUCGAGGAUGCUGAAGGUGAUAUCCGCUUACGUGAUGCAGGAUGAUCUAUUGUUUCCUAUGCUGACGGUGGAGGAAACUCUCAUGUUCUCCGCCGAGUUCCGGCUCCCACGUACUCUAUCAAAAUCCAAGAAGAAGUCUCGUGUGGAGGCCCUGAUCGACCAACUAGGCCUCCGGAACGCAGCAAAGACUGUGAUCGGAGAUGAGGGUCACCGUGGCGUCUCCGGUGGCGAGAGGAGAAGAGUUUCUAUUGGUAUUGACAUCAUACACGACCCUAUUGUUUUGUUUCUCGACGAGCCAACCUCCGGGCUUGACUCGACGAGUGCUUUCAUGGUGGUGAAGGUUCUGCAGAGAAUAGCUCAGAGUGGUAGCAUUGUGGUCAUGUCCGUACAUCAGCCAAGUUACAGAAUUUUGGGCUUGUUAGACCGGCUGGUGCUUCUGUCUCAUGGACAGACUGUGUACACUGGCUCGCCGGCAAACCUUCCAGUCUUUUUCGGCAAAUUUGGCCACCCCAUACCCGAAACGGAGAACAGGACCGAGUUUGCUUUGGACCUUAUACGAGAAUUAGAGGAAACUCCAGGUGGAACUAAGAAAUUGGUGGAGUUCAACAAGUCAUGGCAAGUGACUAAGAAGCAAAAGCAUAAGCAUAAGCAAAAUGGUUCCGACAACGGUGCGGGCAGUAUACCAAAGCUCUCUCUCAAAGAUGCAAUAAGUGCUAGCAUUUCAAGAGGAAAACUGGUCUCGGGUGCUCCCAGUGACACCAACCUAGCCUCUUCAGUCCCUACAUUUGCCAACCCAAUAUGGACCGAAAUGUUGGUGAUCUCAAAACGCUCGAUGAAAAACUCUAUGCGGAUGCCGGAACUCUUCGGUAUCCGGAUGGGUGCGGUACUAGUGACCGGAAUCGUGUUAGCCACUAUGUUUUGGCACCUUGACGACUCCCCUAAGGGAGUUGAAGAACGUCUCGGAUUUUUUGCGUUUGCAAUGUCCACAACCUUUUACACUUGCGCUGAAGCAAUCCCCGUUUUCCUCCAAGAACGAUACAUAUUCAUGAGAGAAACCGCCUACAAUGCCUACCGUCGAUCAUCUUAUGUUUUAGCUCACUCUAUACUCUCCAUUCCUUCCUUGCUCAUUCUCUCUUUGGCCUUUGCAGCCACCACCUUUUGGGCGGUGGGGUUGGCCGGUGGCCUUCAGGGGUUUCUAUUUUUCUUCUUGACAAUAUGCUCUGCCUUUUGGGCCGGAUCUUCAUUCGUUACAUUUUUAUCCGGCGUUGUCACACAUGUCAUGUUGGGAUUUACGGUUGUGGUUGCCAUUUUAGCCUACUUUCUCCUCUUUAGUGGGUUUUUCAUUAGCAGAGAUCGGAUUCCGGUAUACUGGAUUUGGUUCCAUUACAUUUCUCUGGUGAAAUAUCCAUAUGAAGCUGUUUUGCAGAACGAGUUUGAUGACCACAUGAAGUGUUUAGUAACCGGAAUUCAAUUAUUCGACAACACGCCAUUGGGUGAAGUCUCUACUGAGAUGAAGUUGAAGUUGUUGAAGAACAUGAGCAACACUUUAGGAAUGAAUAUAACUGGAUCUACUUGUGUGACCACCGGAUUAGACAUACUGAAACGGCAGGGUAUAACGGAUCUUAGUAAAUGGAAUUGCUUGUGGGUAACGAUUGCUUGGGGUUUCUUCUUUAGAGUUUUGUUUUAUUUUACGUUGUUAUUGGGUAGCAAAAAUAAAAGGAGGUAAAUGGAAUAUGGGGUUGGCCAUGUUGUUUGUUGGUCUUUUGGUAUUGCAGUGUAUAAUUGUAUGCUACCAUUUAUUUACUUCAUGUACUUGAUUUGUUUGUUAUAAACCCAUGGUUUAUGCGAGAAAUUGAGAGAUCAAUUUUACUUGUUUAGCAUUUCAAGCUCAACAUUUGAUUAUACGGUAGAACAUACAUG